AUGAACGUGACCUUAGUGACAAGUGGUGUGAUCAGUCAAGCCGUUGUAUUAUGUGACCCGUGGUUUACCCUCGCCGACAGCCAAAACGUCACCUGUAGCUCUAACGGAUCAUGGAAUAUCCACCUUCCGACAUGCGUACGCUGUGAGCAGCUGCAGGUUGGAACAGGCCUGUCGUACAAGGUAACGACAAGCGGCUCCCUCUCUGUAGCAGAAUACACAUGUGCCAGCGGGUACACGCUAGAAGGAGCAACGAGCAGCACCUGCCUCCGUAAUGGCUCCUGGGACAGCGUGCCGCCAUCAUGUGCCCUGGCUGUGUCCACAGUGGGUCCAUGCGAGGCGACGACGACCGAAUGCAACAGCGGAGCCGCCAUCGGUCUAGGAGUAAUGUUUGGCCUGGCGCUCAUUGCCGCGGUAAUCCUAGGAUACUUUGCCUGGAGGUACUGGCGACUGUGGAAGGGCGUCGGGGGAGGCAAGUCUGGCAUGUACUCGAAAGCUACCCAGCCUCAAAUAACCACCUCACCUGACGGAAACUGGAUAUUCAGCGAUAUUGACAAAGGAACGAUAUCGCCGUCCAAAGCUCCAGUCAGUCAUGAACGCCAUGUAACCGACAUGGGUCGAGCUGAGUCCUCGCUUGCUCCGCUCUCUGAACAGAGAGAAAUAACAAUGAGCAGUAUUAUGACGCCAUCGCCGGGUCCCCUAAGCACACGCAAUAUUGAGUUCCAGCGCCCUCCAGCUGGCGUUUUCGACCGCCGCUCACCGUCAGGAUUUUCCGCUGUCAGAUCGAGGGAGUCAACAUUUGAUUCCUUUUCGGCACUACCGCAACAGGUUUUAACACACAGGGACAAUUCAUCCCUUCAAAAAAGAAAAACCGCUGUGGAGGUGCCUAAGAUUAAGAUAGACGCCGCCAGCGUGAAGAAAAAAGACCGGGAAAUAAUGGCACGGCAGUCGCCACUAGGGAGCGAGGGUGGCCGUUUGUCGCCUUUCGUUCCUAUCCAGGAAGCCACGUACAGGGACGGAAGCCCACUACCGGAACAGAUUCUUACACCUCGAGACGAGGAGACAUUAAAGGCAGAAUCGAGGCGUAAGCAUACAGACCCAACUAAACAACCAGUCGCUCAAGUUCGGCGUCCCCGGAAGAAAAUGAGUGAUCUGAUCGACAAGGACGCAAGUCUCCGACAUGUUUACCGGUCACCUUCGCAAAGUCACCACACAAUCACACAGCUAGACCAUGACAUACCCGAAAUGGACGUUUAAUCCAAUCUAACUAUAGUGUAUGCUGUGAGAUGCGGACGUUUAUAUUUCCACCGUGAGACCUCUCCAUUAUAGGGUUUUUGUUUCGUAGUGUAAACGUUGUUAUUAUGUUAUUAAAGAUGUGCAUAAUAUAUAAAAUUAUAUUGAUUUUUUAAGCUAGAUUCGUUUCCGUUGUAAGGUAGUUAUUUAUAUGUAUAUGUUACGAUAAAUAAAUUUAUAUGUUA